UAAUAUUAACACGUAUUCGUUUCCAGUUCUCAGCUUGGAAGAAGCGUUGUCGUGUAUUCCACCACCCGUAACAUAUUCUCCGAAAUGUACUACAUCGAAGACUACUACGAAGAUAAAUGGUGACCCACCGACAAGUGUACUGCUUUGGAAAGACUUUUUCGAAGAAGUGAACCGCUUUCGCUUCGAUCAACAACCGAGAUUCGAGAGGCCACAAUUUAUUCCAGAUAAAGUGGUAUUAAAUGAGGAGGAUGUUCGUGUUGCUAUUGACAUCAAUAUUUGCUUGGUGUUAAAUAGGCUUACAGGGCUAGAAUAUGAUUUUUCAAAACGUCCAACUCAUACUCUUGGCAUACCGGAUUUCACCUGUCACUAUCUCGUGGAAUCAUUGAUCUUGGUGCUCGAAGUUAAGAGGAAACAUGUUUUAAAAGACAUCAAAGAACAGACUUUUCCCGAGUUUUAUCAGGCGGAUGAAAAGGCAAGAAUGGUGAUCCAACAAAUCUACAAUUACAUGGGGGUAAACGAACUUAGAUACAGUAUUCUCGCCACCUAUGACAAUCACUGGUUUCUACGCCGAGAACAUACGGAGCUCUGGAUCUCAAAAACCCUUCCACUGCAAUCCGAAUCUCCACCUGUACUCAAGGCAUAUGCUUAUCUAGCCCGGCAAGCAAAGGAGGACCCUCAAUCCCUUAAUCCUCUCCGAGUUCCAGUACCAGCUCACGGGGAUAGUAAUUCACGUGUUCUUCGAUCACAGUCAAAUUUACCUGAUAUCUCUUCCAGCCAAUCGGUAAAUCAGCAACCAACUUCCAACACAUCGGUGUACCAACAAUCACCUAAUCAGCAGAAUCUUAGCUUUGCGGACUUUAAGUUUAAGAGCAUAUUAGGUGAAGGACGAAGUGGAAAAACGCUCCUUUGUACAUUUCGUGGUGAGACUAUUGCUUUGAAGAGUGUAGACUUAUCGAAGGCCCCACCGUAUGUCCUGGAAGAAAUGCAAAAAGAAGUCGAGAUUUACAAAGACCUCGCUGAUAUUCAAGGCAAGUAUAUCCCAAAGUUGGUCUGUUAUGGAUAUUACGGAGGAGGGAUGAGCUUCGUUAUCGGCAUGACCAUUGCUGGCACUUCAUUGAGUGAACAUAAAAUAACGAAACGGCAAAGAACAAAGGCUCUAAAGGGGUUAGAAGCAAUCCACAAGCAUGGCAUUCUCCACAAUGACAUUCGUGAGGAAAACAUCCUAAUUAACGAUAACGGUGACGUAUACCUGAUUGACUUCGGGAUGGCAGGUCGGGCAGACAUAAAAAAGAAGAGAAAACUUUUUGACGAGGAACAGCUUAAAUUUUCUAACUUGCUAGAUAAAUAUAAUGCACAUUUCGUAGAUGUAGGAUUAGUCAUUCAUGCUACUAGU